UCUCGAUUCCGAAGUCCAGUAUGGCAACGCUCAAGGAUCAGCUGAUUGUGAAUCUUCUUAAGGAAGAACAAAAACCCCAGAAUAAGAUCACAGUUGUUGGGGUUGGUGCUGUUGGCAUGGCUUGUGCCAUCAGUAUCUUAAUGAAGGACUUGGCAGAUGAACUUGCUCUCGUUGAUGUCAUGGAAGACAAAUUAAAGAGAGAGAUGAUGGAUCUCCAACAUGGCAGCCUUUUCCUUAAAACACCAAAAAUUGUCUCUGGCAAAGACUAUGGUGUGACUGCGAACUCCAAGCUGGUGAUUAUCACAGCUGGGGCACGUCAACAAGAGGGAGAAAGCCGUCUCAAUUUGGUCCAGCGUAACGUGAACAUCUUUAAAUUCAUCAUUCCUAAUAUUGUCAAAUAUAGUCCCAACUGCAAACUGCUCAUUGUUUCCAAUCCAGUGGGUAUCUUGACCUACGUGGCUUGGAAGAUAAGCGGCUUUCCCAAAAACCGUGUUAUUGGAAGUGGUUGCAAUCUGGAUUCAGCCCGGUUCCGUUACCUAAUGUGGGAGAGGCUGGGAGUUCACCCAUUAAGCUGUCAUGGGUGGGUCCUUGGGGAGCAUGGAGACUCUAGUGUGCCUGUAUGGAGUGGAGUGAAUGUUGCUGGUGUCUCCCUAAAGACCCUGCACCCUGAAUUAGGCACUGAUGCAGAUAAGGAGCAAUGGAAACAAGUUCACAAACAGGUGGUUGGCAACUGCAGACACACUUUGGGGGAUCCAGAAAGAGCUGCAAUUUUAAAGUCUUCUCGUGUCAUACCCCCUCACUGUCUAGGCUACCACAGGAUUUUAGUUGGAGAUUCUGCAUAUUGUCCUUUUUAUCUGAUUUGUGACUAAAAACAUCAGUUUCCUAAAGAUAGAAAUAGUAAUGGUUCAUGAAACCCUGCAGCUAUGUCCUAGUGCUGGAUGGUGCUCACCUUGUGCAGUCCUAAACAGGCUAGUGUGAAAUAGUUCCACCUCCUCAAAGGCACCACUGCCAGUGUUGCACACACUACAGCUGCCCUUCAAACUAGAUGUGUGUGCACUGUGUUAUAUAACUUCUGGUUCCUUUACCCAACAUGCCUAGUCCAACUUUUCUUUUUCUCCAGUCAAUUUCAUCCUGG